AUGUUCACAAGUCCGGUAGAUUCAGCAGAUCCACUGCUGCCCUACUACUACAAGCAUGUCCCAGAAAUCAUUGGCGGUAUUGAAGUGCCACCCAUAACCGACGAUUGGGUUGAGAAUUACCCCAGUGUUGUUGACCGCUUUUACACGCGCUACUAUUACAUCAAGGAAAGCCCAGACCCAGCUCCUUACCAAGUACUUUUCCACUCAAAUCGCGUAUGCUUGAUUUGCUUGGCCCCAGAGCAUCCAGCAUUAAAAGCAGGCAUCAAAUCAUUCACCUUCGACAUUGGCAAUACAGACCGUAGCAAAAAUACGGUGAAAGGAAAAGGUAAAAAGGGUGGUAUGGUACUUCAGCACGACUCUACAUUAGCCAUACUGACCACAGAGCAAGAUAAAGCCUACAAGAUACCCAGUUGUGUGCAAAGCAAACUAGUCGAAGUUAAUACGGCAUGGGUUGACGAACCAAAAGGAUUGGAAACCGCCGCCGAGGGUGAAGGUUAUGUGGCCAUUGUACUGCCAAAACCUGAGGAUUGUGCGAAUAUUAAGCGACGUCUAUUAACACAAGAACAAUACGCAGAGAAAUGGGCUCAACUACAAGAAAAUAUGACUUCAACGUUAGAAAUUAUGUAAGCAGCAGUGUUGGCUGUAAAAAACAGUGCACAUAAUUGCAGAAGAACAGUUUUGGUGGUUAUAAGGGAAGCAUAUUGAAUUGAAUACAUAUUACUUGUAUUACGUUGAUAUUUUUUAAAUAAAAUUGUUUUAUUGUUCCCAAA